AUGGACCGUCCCGAGCCUGGGCUGAUCAAGUGGUCGCCAAACGCGGCGCACGACUCGUUCCUCCACAUCAACUUGCAGCACCGCAUUGUGGAAAUCUACGAGCCCACGGGCCGUGCGCGGCGCGGGCGGUUCGACUACAAGAAGGUGGCCAAGCACGAUGACCUCCCCCCGCUCACUACGUAUGACUGGUCGCCGUCGGUCCUCGGCCUAGUCGCCGUGGGCACGUCAACGGGCGUCGUCAAUCUCCUCCGCGUCGACGACAGCUCCAACGCCUAUCUCGAGCUCGGCCUGAAGAUCUCGCGCACCUGCCACGCCGUCGCCUUCAACACGAGGGGCCAGCUGGCCGUUGCCCUGGACAGGGUGCGCAGCGACAACUGCCUCUACGUCUGGGACGUCAACCGCCUGUCCACUAUCGACUCGGCUAUCCGGGGCUUUCCCUCGGACAUUGAGUCCUUCUCGCAUCCCUCCGAACGUCUAGAGCCCAGUGUCUCGGUAUCAAGCGUCAAGUUCUUCGAGGACAACCCUAAUGUCUUGGUCGCUGGCAUCAAAAGCCAAGGCCUCCGCAUACACGACUUGAGAGACCAAGCACACGGCGCCGUCAUACAGUUCCCGACCAAGUGCUGCAACAACCUCGCCAUUGACUACGCAGACCAGAACUAUUUCGCGUCGUCAGCCUUGGACCAACCAGGAGUUAUGGUGUGGGAUCGUCGAGCCAUCCACCGCCAUGACACGUCGCCGGCCUAUACCGAUGCUCUGGAUAAAGAUGGCCUCCCCUGGGGCGGCGCCCUGCGUCUCAACCAGGCAGUGGAGAUGGAGGCGGAUCCGGACUCGGCCGACAGCAAAAGCUCCUGCAUCCGCUCCCUCCGCUUCUGCCGCGACCAUGCCGGCAUGUUGGCCGUUCUCUCGCGCACUGGCCAGCUGAGGAUUCUAUCCACGAGGCACGAGCCCAAGGACGAUGAACCCGACAGCAAACCUACCGAUGCGAAGGAGGAUCCCGCCCCCAUCCCCAUCCCCGUCCAGAAUGUACCUACCCACGUCGGAGACGGCCCCGAGCUGUUGGAGAUUAGGAGAUCAUAUGAGCUGGACCCUCUACAUGCUGAUCCGAGUCAUAAGAUGGAUAAGAUCGUAUCGUUCGACUGGAUUACUCUCAGCUCCCCAGUCCCUCAGCCGAGGUUGUUGGUGCUCCGGGCCAACGGUGCACUUGAUGUGCUAGAAAAACCGUCCUUCACCUCGGAAUAUCCAUUUAACCUCAAUUCCUGGAAACUCUCAUAUCGUGGCUUAGAAGCUGGCGCUUCAUACCACGCGCCUAUGCUUUUCGAGCCGGCGUACUCUCACAGAAUUUAUGGCCCGCUGCUUACUGAAAAGGCGUUGGCCGACGUACCGCUGUUUGGCCCCAACAAGGCCGACAUAGGUGAUCUGGUAGAGGAGGCCUUGGCGUCCAGUAUUACUGAAGAGGAUCUCCAGCCUGGAGAGGCGGCGAGAAAUGCCAAUCUUCCUGCGGCGUUCAUACAAGCAGCUUCUGUCGCGGAAAAACUGGGAGCGCUAAGAUUGACGUCUAGAGAAGGAUCGCAGAAUCCAGACAUAUCCGAAGACCCGCCAUCUCAGUUAGAGCGCCGCGAGCAGCUGCUCACAGAAAUUGUUGACAUGAGUCUCUUGUCAAAUCAAGCGCAGGCCACCAUAGAUCACACUAUGCUCCUCCGCGCAAAGGAGGGGUACCGAUUCAACUGUGAAAAGAAUCAGCAAAUCGUGGCGGACGAUCCCUGGGUCAGAGAUGUCUGGGCCUGGAUUUCUGGCGCUGAAGAAGCAGCCUCUGACGGCGGGAUGAUGUCGCACCCACUGGACCUGAGCUGGAUGGGCGUGUAUACAAUAUGGAUCAACGACUUGGGGAGUAAAUCGUAUGCUAGGUUGUCGGACCACGCAUCAGCUCCUGGUGCUGCUGGGUGGGAGCGUUGCUUGAAUUCGAUCAACAAGAAACUCGGAAUUCCAAAGUUUGACGGGGUCGAGACGAAGCGCCCCCACCACCGGGAAAUCUGCCUGGAAAUUUGCAACUGGGGUCGCUCCUACGACUCUGAAUUCGAACAAGCUAACUCGGUCUCGAGUCUCAAGAGAGACUCGACUUGGUACACUAUGGUGGCCGCACAUGCCAUGUUUAGGGGCAACACAAAGGAGGCCGUUCAAGUUUUGAAAAGAGGCAGUUCAGAGCACCAGAGUCUGUUAUUCGUCUCGCUCGCGCUCCAGCUCAUUGGCAAAAAUGGCAACAAGGAUGCCAAAGAGGCGCUCGAUUUCGACGAGAAGGUGGCCUCCAAGACGGACCCCUAUCUCCGCGCUAUAUCAUCCAUCAUCGCCACUGGAGACUGGGCCACGAUUGUCAACCAACGGUCCCUGCCCAUGCGCGACCGUGCCUUUGUCGCGAUCCGCACCCUUCCCGACGAGGAGCUGACGGCCUGGCUUGAGGACGAAGUGUUCGACUUGAUUAUCACGGGGAACAUUGAAGGCAUUAUACUUACGGGCAUUACGGACCCGCUGGUGGACAUAUUCGCGCGCUAUGUGCAGAAAUUCCGCGAUUUCCAAACAGCCACCCUCGUGCUCUCGUACUGCGCGCCGCGCUUCAUCGACGACAUCCGCGCGACGGCCUUCCGCAACGCCUACCGCAACUACCUCCAACGGCACCGCGCUGCGUACCCGCGGGCCAAGUUUGACGUCGAGUCGACGAGGCUCAGCAAGCACAAUGGACGGCCGACAGUCGAACCACCGCCGCGCCAGUUUGUGAUACGCUGCUACUUCUGCGAGGAAGACGUCAAGACGACGUACAGUAGCGGAGACACCAGUCCCAUUUCGUCGACGGUGACGCUAUCCAGCUUCAUGCUGGGCGGGGGCUCGGGGGCAGCUAGCGCGGUCAGGGAAGCACAGCAAACGAACCCGUUCGUUUCCAAGAUGGUAUCGGCUGGAAUCAGUUGUCCCAACUGCAAGCGCCACUUCCCGCGGUGCGUGGUCUGCCUCGAAGUUGUGACGAUGCCGCGAAGCGACCGGCCCGAGCUGGCCAGAAAUGCGGACACGCGCGUGGCGUCGCGGUUCCCGACGUUCUGUAUCACCUGCAGGCACGCCAUGCACCUCGACCAUGCGCGGCAAUGGUUUGCGCGGCAUGAGGAGUGUCCUGUUCCCGAGUGCAAGUGCGUGUGCAACUUCCAGGUGACUCCGGACUUGCAAUACUGA